CUAUUUUUUCCCUUUAUAAAACACAACCAUAAUUCCAUUUUUUAAUAUUACAAUUAAAAAACUUCCCUCUCUCCCGCCAUGGACGACGCUAUUUCCAACACCAACACUAAUCGUAACACCAACAUCAACAAAAACGGCAACGGCAACGGCGGCGGAAACGGAAAUGGCGGUGUUACUAUUGGCGGAGCAGUAGAAACAACAAGAUCAGAACGAGCAGUGUGGUUAAUGAAAUGCCCUGCUUUAGUCUCCAAUUCUUUAAAGAAACAUUAUAACCCGUCAUCGUCAGCGGAUGAUAAUGAUCUUCCUCGUCCCGUUGUGGCUAAAGUGGUUCUCUCCAUUGACCCGCUUAACUCGGGCGAUGAUAACUCGUCUCGUCAGUUCACUAUGAUAUUGGCUGACAAUGAAUCUGGAAAUGCACCCAAGUCUUACUCUAUGGAUAUGUCUGAAGACUUCAUCCCAAUGUCUGUGUUUUCUGAGUCAACUCAAGGAAAGGUUUCAGUAGAGGGAAAAAUACUUCAUAAGUUUGACAUGAGGCCCCAUAAGGAAAACCUUGAGAAUUAUGCAAAAAUGUGCCGUGAAAGAACAAAGAAGUACAUGACUAAGAGUAGACAAAUACAGGUCAUCGACAAUGACAAUGGUAGUCAUAUGAGGCCCAUGCCAUUGAUGAUUGCUUCUGGAUCCAAUGAUAAGAAGAAGACGCCAACCAAGCCUACAGAUGUGAAAAGAACAAGAAGGGACCGUGGUGAUAUGGAAGCAAUAAUGUUUAAGCUCUUUGAAAGGCAAUCAAAUUGGACUCUGAGACAACUGAUCCAAGAGACGGACCAACCUGAACAAUUUUUGAAAGAUAUCCUUAAAGAACUUUGUGUCUACAACAACAAGGGAACUAAUCAAGGAUCUUAUGAGCUGAAGCCAGAAUACAAGAGGUCAGGCGAGGAACCGGGUCCUAGUUAACUUUUAGAGCGUAUCGAUAACUAAACAUUGCAGUACAGGAACUCGUCUCAAUAAUGCUCACUGUUCUCCUCAUGCAUUUUCCUCGAGCUACCUCAGUGAUUGCUUUUUGUUUUUCCUAACCUCUAACUCUUAGAGCAGCAAGUGGUGCCGGUUUUAUCUACUUUGGUGAUGCGUUCAAUUUUUUUUACGCGUUAUUGUUCAGGCAGGUCGCUAGCUUUGUUUAAUCAUAGGAUUGUUGUCUAGCAUGAUACAGUUAUUGAAUCUGUAUGUAAAUAAUAGAUGAUUCUGUUUGCACUUUGUAUUUGCAUUUUCUCUAUGUUCAUCUAAAUGCAGAUCAAAAUAAUUUUUCUUA